AUGAACAGAAAUGGCUACAGUGGAAUUGGCCGAGUUACUGUAGCUACCACAAGCAGUUCAGUAACACCUGCUGAUCAUCUGCCUUGGUUUCCUUCCACAGCUGCUGGCGAUGGAUCAUGCCCAAGCGUAGGACGACGAUCUCCACCUCUGCAUCCUACUGGCACCACCACGACCGCUCACAGCAGGCGCUUGUCUAGCCGCACUGCUCUGUCCCUUUCUCCAGCAGACAGCUUGCAUUCUGUGCACGCAGCAGCACCGCCUCACCUGGAGAUGCAAUCGGUUCUCAACAGCAGCCAAUCGUCUAUUGGCAGCUUAUUUCGGCCUCCACUGACCGUUGCUGACCCAGCCCCAAGAAUCUACCACAGUACGCAAUACGGUGGUUCUCUCUACACAACUGCCAAUACUACCAUUGCUUCAUUUUCGUCUCUCUACAGUAUUCAUGGCCAGCCAGCCAGCCACAUGACAUCGGGUGCCGUGUCACCCUACAACGCAUUUUACGCUCAGUAUCCACAGGGCUACUCCCACGGCUGUCUCUUAUCGCCAGCUGGUCACUAUCCGCACAUUGACUCUUAUUCUGCUGUCCUUGCAAGCAUGGGCAGCCACGCUCAGCACGUCAGCCAGUCCCAACUACCUCGUACAUUUAUGCCUACACAUCUAUCUCAAUAUUCAACACUGUCAAGUCAUCGGACUGCAACACCGACCACGUCUCCCACCUCGAGUGGGAGCAUCAGACACUCACCCAGCCAGCAAGCUCUCAUGCACCGGCACUCACCCAAAGCUGAACAACUUCGAGAUUCCCUGUCAGAGGCUGCUGUCGUAGCAGCAGUUGAAGGCUAUGGCCAAUCUCCUCAUGGUCUUUCAACAAAAGACGAGAAAUCUCACUCCACAUCUCAACACAUGCAAUCACGCCAGUUGUCUCCCUUAACUGCUCAUAAUAAAAGCAGUGGCUCAGUAGUGAAGGAACCUUCCAUCAAAUCGGAUCUCAACAAAGACAUGGGUUACAAGCUACCUAGCGGGAAGGAGGGCAGCCUCAAGCACAGAAUACUCACCCGACCUUCCAAUAGCCAGAUUAACGAAUGCCCAGUAUCAGGGUCUGAACAAAUCAUGUCUGCUGGCACAAAAGGUUAUGCAAAAUCUGAGGCAAUUUCUCCAGCCAAGCGCUCAAAGUCAAUAAGUGAAAUGGCCUCUUCUGACUCAGAUGCUGGGUGUGGACAAUCGCAAUCCCAGGGCACUGGACAUGCCCAAGGGGUCCCAAAUGUUCCCAUGAUCCCUCAUUUGCAUUACCCACCACAUUUCAUGAAAGGCUCAAUCAUUCAACUUGCUAAUGGAGACCUAAAACGUGUGGAAGAUUUGCAAACAGAUGAUUUCAUACACAGUGCCGAGAUCAGUGCAGAUCUGAAAAUCGAUUCCAGCACAGUGGUUCGCACUGACAAGAAUAUUGAACGAGGAACAACCAUUCUCAGUUUCCUGGUUGGUGAAAAUAAAGUUCAGGUUACUGUGGAAGCUACCCUGGAGCACCCUUUUUUCGUUUUCGGACAGGGAUGUGGUUUCUCAAAUGUCUUUAAUAUAACGAUUAGUGAUUUGUUUCUUUGUCAACAGUUGGCCAUCUUUUAUUAUCUUCUGCUUUGCUUACUUCUUCUUCUCUCUCUCUCUCUCUCUCUCUCUCUCUCUCAUUUAGCAGUUUUCUACCCUUGUCUUUUUCUACCCUUGUCUUUUUUUUUUCAAUCGUUUUUUUUCUUCUCUCUCUAG